AUGAAGCUCACCGCUGCCCUCCUGGUGCUUUGCGUGGCCCUGCUCAGCCACUCCACUAUGGGCUUUUGGAUGAACUGGAUGGCUAAGCCUGCGGCCCCGACUGUAGCUACUGUCCCCACUGCUGUGGAGGCUGGGGCCGGGGCAGUGGCCAACUCCUAUUUCAAGGGCCUCAACCCCCUGAGGAUCAUGCUGACAAGCCUGGGCAUCCCUGUGGAGCAUCUGGUGGAGGGCUCCAGGAAGUGCGUGGCCGAGCUGAGCCCUGAGGCCAUGAGGGCCAUGAACAGUCUGCUGCCCCCCACGUGGAAGUACCCUGUCCACUCCUCUAAACCCUACACAGGGGUCCCGGCCCCACGACAGGCCCACCUCGUUUCCCUCCCCCGAGAAGCACGGUAG